AUGGGGCCGCUGCCGCUCGUGGUGCUGCAGAGCCUCCUGCGCCUGGUAUUUUGUGACACUAAUCAAGUAGUACAAGCCACAGAUGUGCUGGAUUGGGAAGACAAGGAUGCUGCAGAGACAUUGGUUGACAACGUGGUCCACUCCAGGAUCAUCAAUCCUUUACGUCUAUUUGUUAAGCCAUCUCCAGUGUUGAAACAUGGCCAGGUGUCCUACUCGGACAGCAUUGAAAACUUUUGGGAGUGGUUGUCCAACAUCACGGAGGUUCAGGAAUCUCUUGCACGAACUAAACGCAGGCCAAUAGUAAAAACUGGGAAAUUCAAGAAAAUGUUUGGAUGGGGUGACUUCCACUCUAACAUCAAAACUGUUAAACUGAACCUCCUGAUCACAGGGAAAAUCGUUGAUCAUGGCAACGGAACCUUCAGUGUUUAUUUCCGACAUAACUCGACAGGUCUCGGAAAUGUUUCUGUAAGCCUGGUGCCACCUUCCAAAGUGGUUGAAUUUGAAUCAUCUCCACAGUCGACUCUGGAGACCAAGGAAUCCAAGUCCUUCAAUUGUCGAAUUGAGUAUGAAAAAACAGACCGCGCUAAAAAAACUGCGCUGUGCAAUUUUGACCCUUCAAAGAUCUGCUAUCAAGAGCAGACUCAAAGCCAUGUCUCCUGGUUAUGUUCUAAACCAUUUAAAGUUAUCUGCAUUUACAUUGCUUUUUACAGCAUAGAUUACAAACUGGUGCAAAAGGUCUGUCCUGAUUAUAAUUACCAUAGUGAGACUCCAUACUUAUCCUCUGGCUGAUAUAAUGGAUAUUCUGAAUAACUGUAGAAAUACAGCAUCAGUCAUAAAAAUAAGUAUUUCCCUUAACCUUUUGGAGAGGAAUAUCUUUUCCUAUCAGGUUAAAAAGUCUUUAAAAAAUGUAGCUGUAUUUGUGCUGUAUCGUAAAUAAUCAAACUGUUUAUGUAACAAACAUUUUCAUUUGAGAUCAUUGCAUUUUCACUCUCUCAUCGUUAAUAAGGGAACUGCCAGGCAGACAGGUGAGCAAAAUCCAAAAAAAAAAAAAUGCACGUAAUGAACAUUGAUCUUGAAAAGGAGCUUCUUGUUAAAGUAGACUUGAUGGCAGGGAGGUUUUUGUCUUUUACUGAUUUGGACAACACUUUGCAGGAGGUGAUCCCGUUUCUUACUGGAAGCUAUAGAAGCUGAUGAUAUACAGAACAAAUAAUAAAUUAAGACUACCACCAGCUGCUUAUAUACAAAAUCCAAAUAAACAACUCUCCCACUAAUUUCAUAUCACACAUACAGGGCUCAGAAAAUCUAAUCCAAAUAUUAAAAGCAAGUGCUGUUUCUAUGAAAGAGAGGAAAGGAAGGUGCAUUUCUGUGAGUUGUGGUAGUUGUAUGUAUUCAUUGGAGUGGAAGAGUGAGUAGUUCUUCCUUCAGAAUUCUUACCUGUGGAUAUGCAAUGAUGUAAUUAGACAUUGAUGUGCUUUAGUUUAUAGGGACAAGCGUACAGGUUUGGUGUACAUUUCUUUCUUCUGUGGUCACCAUUCUUUUUGGUUAUUCUCAAAUAUUUACAUAUACACCAGUACUAGUCUUACAGUGAUAGAGAGUUUGUGUACCUUGGAGAAGGAUGAUCUCUGCUUAAGCCUGAAAAUGAUACAACAGAGGCCAGCUUCCAUUCAAAGAAAGCAAUUAUCUUAUCUUGCUAUUUAGCCCUCUUAGCAUUAUGCUGUAGCAAGGAAAAUACAUCGCAGCAUAAGGAUAAUACCUGAAUAAAACAAGCUUUCUGCGUAGUGAUACCCAGUUGUCUUCCUUAGUACGGUAUUGCAUAUUUAAAGCCAGUAUAUGAGCACUGAAAAAUA